AUGUUAGCUAUUUUUUUAAAGACUAAUUUCUCUGUCUCUCUCUGUCUCUUUCUCUCUGUUUUUUCUUGCAUUUGUAUGUCUAUCAUUUCAGGUAGUGGGAACUGGCGCUAUUUUAUAAUUAAGAGAAGUCGACACCAACAACGUAACUUUUUAGUUACAAUGCCAGAAAAACGCUUGUUCGAGCAUUUACCAAAAUGUGUUGUUCCGGUGAAUUACGAUUUGAAAUUCCACCCGGAUUUGAAAACUUUCACCUUUGACGGAUGGUCACAUGUUCAAGUGGAUAUUCAAGAAUGUGUCAAAUCCAUUACAUUAAAUUCUGCAGAACUUGAAGUAAAAAAUGUUGAAUUUAAAACAAAAGAUGCUGAUAAUGCACUUAAAGGCGAAGUAUCCUACAAUGAAGAAAAUGAGUGUGUUACAUUAACAUUUCCAAAUGAACUUCAGGUUGGAAGUGGAAUCCUUUCUAUGGAAUUCAAAGGAGAACUUAAUGAUCGAAUGAAAGGAUUCUACCGAAGCAAAUAUGCAAAUCCUAAAAAGGAAGUCACUCAUUUGGCAGUGACACAAUUUGAGUCAACUGAUGCUCGCCGUGCAUUCCCCUGUUGGGAUGAACCUGCAUUCAAAGCCACAUUUGAUGUCACGUUAGUCAUGCCACAAGAAAUGAUGGGUCUUUCAAAUAUGCCUCAAAUUAAGGAAGUGCCACACAAAAGUGAUUCUCAGUUAAAAAUGGUGACAUUCCAAAGAACACCAAAAAUGUCAACUUAUUUGUUAGCAUUUGUUGUUGGACAAUUUGACUAUUUGGAAGCUAAGGAUGCUGAUGGAGUCCUUGUCAGGGUGUACACCCCGCUGGGCAAAAAGGAGCAAGGACGAUUUGCCUUAGAUGUGACAGUAAAAACUCUGCCAUUUUACAAAGAAUAUUUCCAGAUUGCCUACCCUCUGCCAAAAAUUGACCUCAUUGCCAUUCCAGAUUUCCUCUCCGGUGCCAUGGAAAAUUGGGGUCUUGUCACUUACAGAGAGAAUGCCCUGCUUAUUGAUCCAGAGAAUUCUUCUGCAACUUCUCGUCAAUUGGUAGCACUUGUUGUUGGUCAUGAAUUGGCACAUAUGUGGUUUGGUAACCUUGUUACUAUGGAAUGGUGGACCCACUUGUGGUUAAAUGAGGGUUUUGCAUCUUGGAUUGAGUAUCUCUGUGUUGACAACUUGUUUCCAGAUUUUGAGAUUUGGACUCAAUUUGUUAACACUGACCUUGCAGCAGCUUUGAAGCUUGAUGCCCUUCACACCAGUCAUCCAAUUGAGGUUCCAGUUGGUCACCCAUCAGAAGUUGAUGAAAUCUUUGAUGCCAUCUCCUACUGCAAAGGAGCUUCUGUUAUUCGUAUGUUGCACAACUACAUUGAAGAUGAUGAUUUCAGAAAAGGCAUGAACCAGUAUUUAAACAAAUUCAUGUAUAAGAAUGCAGCUACAGAAGAUUUGUGGAACUGUCUGGAGACAGCCAGUGGAAAACCCAUCAAAGCAGUGAUGAGUACUUGGACAUCCCAGAUGGGAUACCCAGUUGUAAAUAAGAAAUUCUGUGCUGAUGGCAAAAUUGAUGGUACAUCUCCACUGUGGAUGAUUCCAAUUGAUAUUUCCACAUUGUCAAGUGGAAAGAAACCCAUCAAGAAAAUAUUGAUGGAUCAAAAAGAAAUGGAAGUUACCUUGGAAGAUAUUGAGCCAACUGAUUGGGUUUUGUUGAACUGUGGUUCAGUUGGUGUGUACCGCAUCCAGUACAGUACUGAAAUGCUCAACUGCCUUUUGGCAGGAAUUAAGGAUAAAAGCCUUCCACCCACUGACAGAUUAUCACUUGAGAGCGAUCUUUUUGCCUUGUCUCGUGCUGGUAUGGUGCCUACAGUUGAAGUUUUGAAGUUGGUACAGGCCUACGUUAAUGAAGACAACUACACAGUAUGGAAUGACCUUGCCAGAAACCUUGCCAAUAUUGCUUUGCUUCUGCAGUACACAGAUUAUUAUGAAGAGUAUAAAGCAUUUGCUCGUAAACUGUUUGAAAAAGUGGUUGCCAAGGUUGGAUGGAAUGCCACAAAAGAUGAAAAUCAUUUAACAACACUUUUGAGAGAUCUGGUCUUGUGUCGGAUGGGCCGUUAUGGUGAUGAAAGUGUCUUGAAGGAAGCACGUGAAAGAUUCAAAAUGCAUUUGUCAGGUGAAAAACUCCUUCCUGCUGACCUGAAAACUCCUGUAUAUCUGACAGUUCUCAGUCAUGGAGAUGAAGAUGUUUUGAAGACGAUGUUAGAUUUAUAUGAACAAGCUGAACUACAGGAAGAAAUGAUUCGCAUAAGUCGAGCAAUUGGAGCCGUAAGAAAAGAAAAUCUAAUCAGACAAGUUCUGGAGUUUGCUAUUUCUGAUAAGGUUCGUUCACAAGAUACCGUGUUUGUAGUAGCUGGUGUAACAGGCACUGUAAAAGGACGGGAAAUGGCUUGGGAUUUUGUCAAGGAACAUUGGGAUUUAUUUUAUCAGCGCUACCAGGGAGGUGCUUUGAUUGCACGGCUACUCAAGCUUACAACUGAAAAUUUUGUGACUGAAAAAAUGGCCAAAGAAGUUGAAGAAUUUUUCGCCGCUCAUCCAGCUGCCUCUGCAACUCGUAACAUCCAACAAUCAUGUGAGAAUAUCCGACUUAACUGUAAAUGGAUGGAGACUGAAGCUAAAGAAGUGGGAAAAUACUUGAAAUCGCAAGUUCAGCAGCAGCAGUAG